AUGCCUCGAACCGACUCUGGUUUUAUGAGUGGCUCUCUGGAAGACCUGUUUGGUGAAGAUGCUGAGUUGGACUUAGAUUUCUGUGAAGCUCGCUCUGAGCCCUCACCAGAGCUGCCCCGUCACCGACAUCAGCAAGAACAGCCUGAUUUCGACUCUAUAUUUGCUAUCGAGCUCGUGAAUCCAGGCCCAAUGGAGUUUCUUCCCUCCACAGUGCCAAAUCACAAGAUGACCAAGACCCAAGCCGAAAAUUCCGUUAGUUUAAUAGCCAAUCGAGCCCAGAGUCAGCAGGGCAGUCGCACAGGUAGUGUUGUAUCCGAUGACGGACAGCAAACACUCCCCCCACUUAGACGAGACACAGUUCUGCCGCCUAGCCAAUUAUCUUUUCCCAUCGAAGCACAAAAACAGCAGCCGCAAAUGCAAUCUCGACCUCCAAGGGAGAGCUCGGAAUUCCAGUCACAAGCACCUACACCACCAGCUGACGUUUCGCGCUCGACUUCACAAACCAAAGAUCCUCAAGCCGUCUCAACUCAAGCGGCUUCGACUGCAUCCGCCCCUCGGUCCCGGCCUUCUUCUAGGAUGAUGGUCCGUACAGCUUCGCUAGGUUCUCUUACUCUCCCCGCGAUCCCCGCAAGUGAACCCAUACUCCCACCCUCUGGUUUACAUCGAUCACAAACAUGGUCAGAAGCGGACAAAUCCGGGACGGAAGCGCCGAAAGAUCUGACUACAGACGAGACCAAGGACAAUGAGACUGUGAAGGAACCUACUAUGAAAGAGCCUCUACCAUUAUCACAUUACAUGCAGCAGCUUACAGCGGAUCUCGAUCCAAAUGAAGAAAUUAAUAGCGCGGAGCAUACACGACUUACAAGGAAGGCCUCUAUGAGGCAGAAGUUGGAUUUUGCUAUAGCAAAUGGGGAAACGCCGCCCUUCUGUGCCAAUUGUGGUGCAAUCGAGACACCCACUUGGCGUAAGUUUUGGUCGCAAGAUCACGACGGGCCCCCCGGAUAUUAUGAAUACUCGGAUGCUCCAGGAAGAGUAACAGGUGUCAACGUCACGAGCCGGGACGAGGCUGGCAAGCCUACAUCAUUUCAAACCAUCAAAAAAGCCUUGCUUUCAACGGAGAAUAGGGCAGAUUUCGAGCCCUAUUUGCUUUGCAAUUCUUGUGGUCUCUGGAUGCAGAAGUACAAAAGUCAAAGACCUCCUGACAAAUGGGGUGAAUCUGUCAGCCGCAAGGUGAGGUCUCGGCCACGCAGUGCUUAUCAAAGUGGAUUCUUGACCUCAGAUGCGUAUUGUCCACCUUCUGAUACAUAUCCCUCCCAUUCAGACGCUUAUUUCCCCGUGCAUCACAGCCAAGCAGACGGUGUGGGUGAGCCUCGACGUACCUUGCCAGCUGAAACAAACAAUCAGGUUCAGAGGCAAGCAUCAGAGUUAUCGCAGCCACGCGAAUUGCAACGGCGUAAUUCUGGUAUUCCAGCGUCGCAAACUCAAAACCCAAGUACUAUCGCACCUGUCGUGUCUGAGAGGCAACGAUCUACGAGUUCUCAACCCCCAAAACGUAUAAAGGCAAUGACAUCCGAUGCAGCAUCUGCCGCAUUAGUCAGAGCCAUCCAAUCGAGCCCGGCCAGGUGGCAGGGUACGAGAGAAUCGCCUGUGGAAGUUGAAGAUGAAAAUAUGGGAACAACCAGGAGACUACUGUUUCCAUCUCCACGGAAGGCUGGAUCACCAAAGGUCUUGGGAGAGACAUUGACCAAUAUCGUCCAAAUCUCAACAGAUUUUCAGGUACCGGAGAAGGUCAUUAUGGACGCCAUCGACAAGGAAAAUCAACCACCAGCGAUUGAGUCAGGUGACGAAGACUUGGAGCUCCUCCGGCUAUUUGGGGAGGAUAUGGCACGCCCAUCCACACCACCACAAAAGUCACCUCACACAAAUGCUUUCAAAACACCAACAAGGCCAACACCAAAUCAUAGGCCAAUCACACGGAGCGUGUCGAAAUCAAUUCGCUCUGCAAAAUCAUCUGGACGACGUCUUAACUUUGGACAAAACACACCCACGCCACGUCGAUCCCCUAGAAACCGCGAUGUCGUCUUCGAGUCACCGUUCACUACUACACUGAAAGAGCUCAUGUCCGAAGCAAACAGUCAAACGCCCGCAAGGAAUAUUGAGCUUGAUUUCAACAACAUGCCGGAUUUGCCUAUAUCUAAUAGCGCAGUUUUCAAUAUGGAUCAUUUCUUUUCAACCAAUGGGCCGUUGCCUUCUUCGCCACCAAGGAUGUUCAGCCUUUACGAAGACACUACCGCAAUGGAUAAUAUCAAUUGGCAGGAGUUUGACAAUUACGUUCAAGAGAAGACCGUUGAGGUCGAAAUCAAGGUUGAGCCGCGAGAGUCACCACAAAAGAGGGGAAUAAGUGAGAGUCAGGAGCCUGCUGCAAAAUCAUAG